UGCAAAGCAAUGCUUGAUCAUUUUUUUUUUUUUUAAUCGAUUAACAGUGACUACGCGUAGGUUGGAGCAAUGUAACCGACGCCGUCAAGUUUAUCUCUGAUUUCGCUAUACGGAAGUGGGUACUCCGACCGAUAUGAAACAAUACAAUUGUCUCGUGCCAGUGACAAACGCACGCGGACGAGAGAUGUUAUCGGUUCUUUUUCUUCUUUGGAACAUCAAUUGUGGGAAUAGUUUUAAUGAAUUUCCAUCUUUGAUUACCGCGAACGCCACCAUGGCGGUGGUCGUAGACAGAAGUUUCUUCAGCAGUAAAGAGGAGUACCGAAACAUCGCGGGGGUCAUGUACGACCUGAUCACGGACGCGGUGAAAAAGGAGACGCAAGUAGGUGGUAUCGUUGUACGUGUGUUUCGCGACGGGAAUGUCAAUUUGCGACAAGAUUACACGAUACUUUUGUCCGUGGCGACCUGUUAUUUAACGUGGCGUUUGCACGAAACGGCGCGAAAGGAGGAACUCAUACAUCUCGCAAUAACAGAUCCAGAUUGCCCUAGAAUCCCAGAAAACGACGGAGUGAGCAUUCCCUUCAUCAUGCCCGGAGAGGAACUGUCCCAGAUCUUUCUCGACCUGAGGAUGAUGAACAUUCCGUCCUGGAACGUGAUCAACAUCCUCCACGACGAUACGUUCGAUAGAGACUCGAUCGGCAGAGUGAUGAGGGCCAUAUCGGACAAGCUACCGAACAGACAAUUAAGUUUGGUCUCUAGGGCGAUCUUCACGUUGAGACACAACGACAGAGAGAGAGAGAGGAAAAAUUCAGUGAAAAAGGUGUUGGAUGAUCUUCACGUGGAUCAACUGGGACGAUGUUUCCUGGUGAUCGCCGCGGUUGACAUAGUCGCGGAUGUCAUGGCAGUGGCAAAAUCCUUGAAGAUGGUUCAUCCAAGUAGCCAAUGGUUGUACGUGAUCACCGACACUGCUUCGCAAAACAUGACCAACAUAACAUCCUUCGUCGACUUGUUAGCCGAAGGAGGAAACGUAGCCUUCAUGUACAACGCGACCGAUAACGACGGCUUCUGCGAAGUUAAACUGACGUGUUACGUGAAGAAAUUGGUUCGAGCGUUGUCCAAAGCUCUGGAAUACUCUUUGAUAAACGAAAUGGACAUGUCUAAGAGGGUUGAGAAGGUAGACUUCGAGAUGAUGAGGUUGACGAAGCGCGAGAGGCGACAGGAGAUCCUGACGAACGUUAGAAUACAUCUUUCUCAAAGCAUAUUCGAUUCAGAGGCUGUGUGCGGUAGAUGUCCGUUGUGGAAGUUUGCCUCGUCGUUAACAUGGGGAAAUUUUUUCUCCCAUGAUAAAAACGUGGCUCACCUGUUGGACAUAGGCACAUGGACCCUCGCUUUCGGUGUUAAUCUGACGGACGUGAUUUUUCCGCACGUCGCUCAUGGAUUCAGGGGCAUUAAUCUACCGAUCACUACGUAUCACAACCCACCAUGGCAGGUGAUUUCAACGAGCGAAUCGGGCGAAAGAUCGUACGAAGGAUUAGUUUUCGACGUGAUCAAUCAUCUGAGUAAGAAAUUGAAUUUCACGUUCACCGUGAUCACACCGGAAUUGGGGAACAAUCCAAAACUCUGGAACACCUCGCGAUUUGCCAAACUCGGAGAGAAAAUCAAAGAAAUGACGAUGUCGAACACGAGAAGAGUGCCUAGAGAUGUGAUCAACUUGGUUCGAGAGAAGAGGGUGCUGUUGGCAGCCUGUGCCUACACCGUGAACGAAUACGAAAAGGAUAUGAUCAAUUUCACCGUGCCUAUAUUCGUGCAGACCUACAGUUUCUUAACUUCCAGGCCCAGACAAUUGUCCAGGGCGCUAUUGUUCGCCUCGCCGUUUACUAAAGAGACAUGGGCCUGUUUAGCCGUGUCCAUUAUCAUAAUGGGCCCGAUCUUGUACCUGAUUCACAAGUACAGCCCGUACAGCACCAAGGCCUCGGGUCUGAACUCGUCCUGGCAGUGUGUGUGGUACGUGUACGGGGCGCUUCUUCAACAAGGAGGAAUGUAUCUACCCCAGUCGGACAGUGCACGAAUGUUAAUUGGUGUGUGGUGGUUGAUCGUGAUGGUCGUGGUGGCAACCUAUUCCGGAAGUCUGGUCGCUUUUCUCACAUUCCCGAAAAUGGACGCGUCCAUCUUGACAGUAGAGGAUCUGGUGGCCCGCAAGGACAAGAUAACUUGGGGUUUCCCGAACGACAGCUUUCUUGAAUUAUAUCUUCGAAACACUGACGAGGAGAAGUAUCAGAUUUUACUGUCACACGCGAGUAGACACAACGACACGGAGGAAGAAUCAUUGGUGGAAGGUGUUAAACAGGGAAAACAUGCUCUGAUCGAUUGGAGAAGUUCCCUCAGGUUCUUGAUGAGGAAGGAUUUGCUGCUGACCGGAGGGUGCCACUUUUCUCUGAGCGCUGACGAGUUCCUGGACGAACCGAUCGCGAUGAUCAUCCCCCAGGAUAGCCCAUAUUUACCCGUCAUCGAUGCGGAAUUGCAUCGAAUGCAGGAGUCCGGUCUGAUGAACAAGUGGAUCUCGGAGAGGAUGCCGAUGAAAGACAAAUGCUGGGAAGUGCCAGGUAGUAAUCAGGCGGUGAACAAACGGAAGGUGAACGUUGCUGAUAUGCAAGGGAUAUUCUUCGUGCUCUUCAUGGGUGUCACGUUGUCCUUCUUGUUUCUAUUCCUGGAGCUCUACUGGCACAGACGCAAGAUAUCAAAGGAACGUAAAUUGAUCCGACCGUUCGUCUCUUAAAAUUUUAUUCCUAGGAUACGUAUAGUUAUGCAAAUUGUUUAC